AUGGUUCGAAGCCCCCUUUUGUCGGCUUUUGCAACCCGGGCUGACUGGAGACUGCACACAUUAGGACCUGUCGUACGCGUCGCACCGAACCGCUAUAGUUUCAACACCCUAGAAGCUUUGAAGACCAUAUACUCAUCCACCGGGGGUGGAUUCGCCAAGUCGGACUGGUAUGCAGCGGCUGGUCAUCCAGAUCGCCCGAAUAUGUUGAACAUGCAAGAUUCGCGGCUUCAUUCCGAGAACAAGAGGAAGAUUGUUAGCUUGUACACCAUGUCGACCAUGGUCAACUACGAAGGCGCUGUUGAGAAGAUGAAUACUGUCCUAAUGCGCAAAUUCCGUGAAUUCGCCGAGACGAAAAGGCUCAUUCAGCUCCCUGUUUUCCUACAAUAUUACGCCUUUGAUGUCAUUGGUUAUAUCACGAUGGAUAGAACUUUCGACAUGAUGGAGACAGAAAGGGAUCGCACUGGUUUCCUGCACAAAAUCAAAGUGGCCACGGAACAUCAGAUGUCCUUUGGUUCCUUUCCUUUUGCACACGUUCUACUCACCAGGAUUGCUGCCUUGCUUAAACUGAAAAAUCCGCAGAAUGAAUUGUUCCAGUUCAUCGGAGACUCCAUUCAACGAUUUCGUCGGGUCGGCUCUGAGCCCAAUGACAAUCCAAAGUCUGAACCGUUCCUCGCCAAACUUUUGGAUCUAGAACUGAAAGGGAAAAUUGAUCAAGGAUCGAUUUUCAGUUCCUGUGGUUCGAAUGUCAUUGCUGGGUCUGAUACUACGGCCAUCACUUUAAGUGCUGCUUUCUAUUACAUAUAUCGAGACCCAAUGAUUCUGAAGAAGCUCCGGGAUGAGAUUGAGGCACACGAACGUGCAGGACUGCUGUCGAGUCCCGCUGGAUUCAAGGAAGCGCAGCAGAUGCCAUAUCUACAGGGAAUAAUCAAGGAAACACUUAGAAUGCACCCGGCGGUGGCCCAAAUGCUACCACGAGAGGUUCCGCAAGAUGGUGCCCUCCUCAGUGGAUAUAAUUUCCCAGCAAAGACACAGGUCGGCAUCAGUGCGUGGGCACUGCACUAUAACCCGGACCUGAUUGAUUCCCCACGAGUUUUCCGUCCUGAAAGAUGGCUCGAGGAGGAUGGAAACCAGCCGCCAAGCUCGGCCUUGAAUUUUUCGUUCGGCGGUGGCUCGCGUGUCUGCCUUGGCAGGAAUAUCAGUCUGCUUGAGUUGGGCAAAGUCAUCCCUGAGGUGGUGCGUCAUUUUGAUAUUCGCUUCGAAAGACCUGGUCAGCCGUGGGGUCUUGACGUAGGUUGGUUCACCUGGUCAUCGUACAAGUGCUGGAUUGAAGAAAGGAAGCCUGCGAAGGUCUAG